CUUCGUUCUAUUCCGUUUUGAAAAAGCCCGCAUCUCAUCCAAUCCAAAUCCGAUGUUCGCCCUGACCUCUGCUUCGUCGCGGGCUCUCACGGCCGCCGCCACUCGUGCGUUCGCCACCAGCGCCGCCGCCCCGUCCUCCGCUGCGGGCGUCCGAUUCGACUUUCCCGUCCCGUUCAUGACCCACAAGUGCUCGGGCCUGCCGGAUCACGCCAUGGCCACCAAGGAAGAGCUGCUCGACUACUACCGCACAAUGCAGGUCAUUCGCCGAAUGGAAACGGCUGCAGGCGAUCUGUACAAGUCCAAGUUCAUCCGCGGCUUCUGCCAUCUCUACUCUGGCCAGGAGGCCGUGUGCACUGGCGUCGAAGCUGCCAUCACCAAGGAGGACUCGGUCAUCACCGCAUAUCGCGCGCACGGAUUCACCUACGUCCGUGGCGUGUCGGUCAAGGGCGUCUUGGCCGAGCUGACCGGUCGCCAGGGCGGCUGCGCCAAGGGCAAGGGCGGUUCGAUGCACAUGUACAACCACAACUUUUUCGGCGGCAACGGCAUUGUUGGCGCGCAGGUGCCGCUGGGCGCCGGCAUUGCGCUGGCCCACCAGUACCAGGGCAACAAGAAGGUCUGCAUUUCGCUGUACGGCGACGGUGCUGCCAACCAGGGCCAAAUCUUUGAGGCGUACAACAUGGCCGCAUUGUGGAAGCUCCCUGCCAUCUUCAUCUGCGAGAACAACCAGUACGGCAUGGGCACCGCGAUUGGCCGCGCUGCCGCGUCCACCGAGUACUACACUCGUGGUGACUACAUUCCCGGCAUCAAGGUGAACGGCAUGGAUGUUCUCGCCGUCCGCGAGGCCACCAAGUUUGCCGUCGACCACGCUCGCGCAGGCAAGGGCCCCUUCGUGCUCGAGAUGAUUACAUACCGCUAUGGCGGCCACUCGAUGAGCGACCCCGGCACCAGCUACCGUUCGCGUGAGGAGAUCCAGCAGAUGCGCUCCAACAACGACCCCAUCAACAAUGUCAAAAACCGACUUCUCUCGACCAACCUCGCGACUGCCGAGGAGCUCAAGGAGAUUGAUCAAGCCGUCCGCAAGGAGGUGGACGAGGCUGUCGAGUUUGCCAAGGAGGACGCCGAGUUGCCAGUCGAGGAGGCUUACACCGACGUGUAUAAGGACACUGUUCCCGAAGCCAUCCGUGGCUGCGAUCCCUUCACUUGGGCUCACCCCAAGCAUUAAAUGGCUUGCAUUGCUUUUUUUUUUUUGAUUCCCACCCCCUUUUGUUGUUUUGAAACACCUGAUUCCCCACUUUGGAUUUCCCCCUCUUUCGUGGUCCAUGUGGUCCAUGGCUCUUCACAACUUCCAUUAAACAUUUUUUGUUGUAGUUGUUC